GUUGAUAUGUAAUUCAAGUUUCUGUUUGACAUUGAAUUGGAAGAAUUCUAACGGUCCUGGAUUCAUUUAGGCUGUAUAUAAUGUUGCAUGAGACAAACAGACAGACCAAAGCACGAUGACGAUGGCUGGAGGUUUCUGUGAGGUUGACUUUGACGACCUACAGUUCUUCGAAAAAUGCGGAGGUGGUACUUUUGGAAGUGUGUACAGAGCCUUAUGGAAGUCACAGGAUAUGAUCGUAGCUGUCAAGAAACUGUUGGCCUUGGACAAGGAGGCGACAGUUUUGAGUGUAUUAAGCCACAGGAAUGUGAUGCAGUUCUACGGUGCAGUGGUAGAAGAGCCCAACUUCUGUCUGAUUACAGAGUAUGCCACUAAUGGGUCCCUGUAUGCCUAUCUACAGAAGCCAGACAACUCUAUGGACUUCCAACACAUCCUAAGAUGGGCCCGCGAGAUAGCUCAAGGCAUGAAUUAUCUCCAUGACGAGGCCCCCAUGAAGAUCAUACAUAGGGACCUCAAAUCCAGGAAUGUUGUGAUAUCACACGAUUGGAUUUGUAAGAUCUGUGAUUUUGGAGCCUCACGAUUUAUGGGAAGUACAACGAGAAUGUCUCUGGCAGGCACUUUUCCCUGGAUGGCACCAGAGGUUAUACAAAGUUUACCUGUAUCAGAAUCCUGUGAUACCUGGUCGUACGGCGUGGUUCUGUGGGAGCUGCUCACGCAUGAAGUGCCCUUUAAAGGGAUAGAGGGCUUCCAAGUAGCCUGGUUAGUCGUCGAGAGGGGAGAGAGGUUGACAGUUCCAAGUUCUUGUCCAGCCACCUUUGCAAAACUGAUGGAGGAGUGUUGGAACAUAGAACCUAAACAGAGGCCAAGCUUUCGAGACAUCUUGUCUCGACUCCACACAAUGUUGAAUGACGAAACCUUACCAGAAGAAACUAACUCAUUCCUUGACCACCGUGAGGUAUGGAGGAAGGAAAUCGAGGCCACCAUUGACAGACUGAAGAAAGCCGAGCGUAACAUAACUAUAAAGGAACAGGAACUACGUCAGAGGGAAAACAAGUUAAAGGAGCGAGAGAAAAGUCUAGAACAGCAGUUCAAGGUUGUGAAACUGGAUUCCUAUGAUGUUAACACAUGGAGAGAGGUGGAUGUGUAUCAGUGGGUACGACAGCUACAUAAUGGUCAUACAAACGACUUGGCGAUGUAUGCAGACCUGUUCAUCAACAAUCACAUCACUGGUCGACGCCUAAUGAUGAUGACCCAGGCUGACCUCAAACACAUGGGAAUCACAUCUGUGGGACACAUCUUAGAACUGUUUACUGAAAUAGAAUUACUGAAAGCACAUAACCACAGACUUUUGAAUUUCCCGCCACUGUCUACAAUUGUCCCGAGUAAAGAGGGAGCGACUUCCCCCGUCAACAGGAAGCUGACUGUCACAUUUAUAUUCGGCCACCAUCUUAGAAAAGGAGCAUCUGAAAAGGAUCAUAAGUGGAAGAUGUACAUGGAGAUGGAUGAGGAGGAUGAAGAAGCGGAUGAUGAUGUGAACCCAGUGACCUUCAUAAAAAAUGUCAGCUUCUCUUGUUCCUCUAACCAUGGUGUCUUCAAAAUAGAUCAUCCGCCAUUUAUUAUGGAAAAGUGGCAGACUGGUGUUGGUCCAGAUGUAGAAGUGGAAUGUCUUGUCCAGUUUGAGCCCACAGUGAAGAAACCAAAAUCAAUCAAGUACCACCAUAAACUUGAUGCGAGUGCCACAACUUCCGGUCAGAAGGUCGUGACCUUGACCUUACUGAGGACAGAGUCUCCUGACGAGUCCGUGGACACACUGCCCCAGAGCCCUACUCGGCCCUCUCAGUCCUUGUCCCCUUCUACCCAUCACAGCCAGAGUUCACCUCAACUCAAGGGUAUCUGGAACAAACGCCAAUCUCUGUCGACGGUCUCUUUACCAGAGAGUGUUAAAAGUACAAAUACAGGUAUCUGGGCGGGUGUGGUGUCAGGACGGAAACCAUCGGCUCCUGCUAUCUUUUCCAGUGUUCAGGCCAAGCCUAUCCCAGGAACCCCCCUUGUGCUUUACCCCUUCCACCCUUCCCAAACCCCACCCAGCUCCCCAUCUUUGUCAGCCACCAGCUCCCCAUACUCACAGGGAGCAUCGCCUUGGUCGACACCAUCGCCAUCCCAACAAGUGUCACGACAACAGUCACCAUGGCUCCAUACCAACCAGCUAUCGCCUGUAACAGUACUUAACACCUCCUCCCAGGAAUCUUCUCUGUCAUCGCACAACUUAACCAGUUCAGAUAGUUCAAGCUCAGGAGGCAAAGGAACAAAACACAAAAAGUCUAAAAUACCUCCUCACACUGACACUGUGCACGAGCCCAAAGUGAAGUUUGUGAUAUCUGAACCUGUGAGAGGCGAAUCGGAGGUUCAGGACGCUCAUAGUAAUUCAUAUGCGGAAGUGUGUAGUAAGUGUAUGUGUCACAGACAGCCAUCAAUAGAUCAAUCAAAACAGUCUCCAAAUACUCACAAGGUUGGAGACAAGGGAUGUACCAACACAAGCCAUGAACGUAGUGAGCAUAGCAACCGUUUACAUGACAACAGGGGUGGUAACCAUAUAAACAGGGGUCAUAGGGGCCGAAAUAGAGGUAAUGAUAGGUAUGAUAGGUUUAGGGAUAGAGAAAGAGACUACUAUGGCAACCAACCUCAGCGUGAUGGAUAUGAUAUAAGAAGGGAUGAAAAUAACAGAGGUAAACGGCAGGGUUGGCAUGAACAUCAAGGUCAAGGUCAACGUUCAACACACAGAGGUAGAGACUUUCAGAGGGACUAUUUAUCUUCUGCAAAUUAUCAAAGGAGUGUUAGUGACCCCAAACCUCGCUCAGGGAGCUUCCUGUCAGAUGGAGACCAGUCUGAUGGGGGCAAGGCUAGCAGCUACAGUGCCCCCUACAGGGAACCUCGUGGAAAAGGUCAAUAUAGAGGUCGCAGAGAGGGGAAUAUGUCCCCUGGGUCACCAUCUUCACCAGCAACUGACAGGCCAAGGUCAGGUUGUGCUGACUCUGAGUCUCAUCCUUCCAAUGGAGCAGAAAGGUCCAUUGAGGGGUCACUGGAAUCGUCAUAUGAGACAAGAGGUGGCUGGACUGAAGUGGACCAUCGACAUCACUCACACCGCCAUUCUGACCAUUACCAUGAUUCAGGUCACUUUCGAGGGCGUGGUUACCAUGGAAACGAUUACCAGAGUGAUGACGAACAUAAUCGUCAUCGUGGGUACAGUCGAGGACGUGGGUACCAUAGUGAUGAUAACCGUAGACGUCAUUACAGUGAUGGUGGGGGUCGGGGUCGGGGUCGCAAGGGACGGGGUAGCCAAGAUGCCGAACAGUACUGGUCAGAUAGAAAUACAGAUAGAUCUAAUCCUCAAAGGAAAGUAUGAAAUUCAUACACUGAAAAUUAUCCGAGGGAGACUCAGUGGCGACAGUCAUAUAGAUAGUGAUCAGGGUAUAUAGGGGAGAUAACAAAGGCCAUACCGUCACCACUCCAAUUAGUGGGGACGGGUAUUGCUGGCUUGACAGGUGAGAUAGGACAGAUAUGGUGUACUGGACAGGUGAUAUGGCCGUACAACUGACAGGUCACGCUUGGCUCACCCAGAAAAUUAAACGUCUUUAAAACCAGCGACAGUCCAACAAAUGCUUCCACCAUUCCAUUAGUGUGUGCCUUGUCUACUUAUCAAAAUUUUAUCAGAUUUUCCAUCUGUCGAAAGGAAUCAUCGAAAUAGUUUCAAAACUGUGUUCCAGGGUAUGUUUAUGUUGAUAUUAUACUGUUAUCAAAUACUGCCUUUGUGAAGAUUUUUGAGUGUGAAAAAUGGGUUUGCAUUUACUGGUAUUGUUGGUAUAUUUUUCCGUAUAUGUGCUGAUAUGUUUAAUUUCUUCAUGAUUUAAUAUAGACAGUCAUUGUUACAAAUUUUAUAAAUCUGUUCUUGGUUUUUUACCUUACUUAUUUUUCUUCAGGCCUUUUCAAAAUUAGAAUGAUUAUGAAAAUCAAUAAUUACAGCAAAAUAUUUCAUCCUAGUCAUUCAUGAUAUUUUCAGAUUUAAGCUCAUGCCAAGUCAUUUUUUACUUUAAUA